AAUCAGGAUUUCAAUCUGAGUCAAAAAUGAUUUUUCCAUAUUUGUCCAACACACACACACACACACACACACAGUGAGCAGACUGUGCGUCUGGAUUAGCUAGCGGUGCACAAAUAGAUUAAAACGUCACAUGUGUCUGCUAGUAACCCCGCUCGACACACUCAAACUGCCGCCACCCCCAACGUCCCCGCCCUCCCUCAUCAUCAACCUCCCUCUCUGCUCGGCCAUCAUUUAGCAGGAGUGGGCGGAGGCUACCGCAGCAUCACAAGGUGGAAGGCAGGGGGUGAGGGAGGGAGGGAGAGGCAGAGAGGAUCAGGGUCAGAUGGAGUCUGGUUAGCUAGACUGACAUGCAGUGUGUGCGUGUGUGCGUGUGUGUGAGUGAAUGAGAACAAAUGAGGAGAGGGAGAACACCGGGGAGAGCGUGCGUGUCUAAGUGUGUGUUUGUGUGCAUGUAAGAGAGAGAGAGAGAGAGAGAGAGAGAGAGAGAGAGGAAAGCCAGACAGGAGGAGAAGAGGACGUAAAGGCAAGAAGAAAAGAAGGAGCAGCAAAAUUAAACCAGACGACACAGACCGGAGGGAAAUAAUGGCCGAGCCUGAGCUGAAAUUACGCAGCAGUCGGGAGAGCAUUGCCAAGGAAAAGAUGGAGGGACCAGAAGCAAACCCGGACCAAGACGGCCAAGUCAUUGAGAAAGUUUCUCCAUCCACCCCGAUGGUCGCUGCCCCCUCAAGCCCGUCCGACCCACCACCCGGCAAAGGGCAGAAGAUCGAACUCAAGCGCAGCAUCACCCUCUUCAACGGCGUGGGCAUGAUCAUUGGCACCAUCAUCGGCUCGGGGAUCUUUGUCACGCCGACGGGCGUCGUGAAAGAAACGGGCUCGGCCGGACUCUCCUUGAUCAUUUGGUCCGUCUGCGGGGUGAUCUCCACCAUGGGGGCGCUUUGCUACGCCGAGCUCGGCACCACCAUCUCCAAGUCCGGCGGCGACUACACGUAUAUCCUGGAGGUGUACGGCGAGCUGGCCGCCUUCCUCAAACUGUGGGUGGAGAUGCUCAUCAUCCGGCCGUCGUCGCAGUAUGUGGUGUCGCUGGUGUUUGCCACGUACCUCCUCAAACCGAUCUACCCCAGCUGUAGCGUGCCCGACAGCGCCGCCAAGCUCAUCGCUUGCCUGUGUCUCACCUCCCUGACUUUUGUCAACUGCAUCAGCGUGAGAGCCGCCACCAAGGUCCAAGACUUGUUCACUGUCUCCAAGCUGCUCGCACUGAUCAUCAUCAUCCUCUUUGGCUUCAUACAGAUCUUCACAGGUGAAUCCCAGAGCAACAAUUCACUCUUCUUCACUUGUACAGUGGAACACAAUUUUAAUCAUCUGUGGAAAUAUUGAAUACGGUCGUUGGAUUUUUAUUAUGCUGAACCAAUAAGCAAAUACAGCACACAAAGAAGAGAACGACUAUUAAAAGGUAAAAAAAAAAA